AUGUAUGUUAGUAUGUUAAAAAAAGCGCAAUAAUUGUUGACAAACAAGAGAAGUGGAGAAGUGGUGGCGCAGCCACAGCCAAGAAACGGGGAAGACAAGAAGAGGGCAUGGAUCGCGUCAUAUAGUCUUUAACUUCCCAAGCUAAGAAAAAACAAAGGAAACUGCUAGCCCUAAACAAGCUUUCCUUUCCAAAGUGAAUGGGCAGCAGGUGGAGAGCUACUGCUUCUCUUCUCCUCAACCACAUAACCACAAAAGCUUUUAAAUUUCUUUCACCUAAUCUUCCCAGACCUAUUUAUCACUCACACCCUUUAACCCAAACUGUUUGUGGCUUCAAAUUCAGGUCAUUUUCUGCAAUCCCUUCUCGGGUUCCGGUUUACAGUAAUGAAAUUGAAUCUGGGUCUCGUGAUUUGGCUAUUAAUUAUGAUCUGGGACCUAAAGAAGAUGAAGAAUCUGGAAAGAUCCCUGUUAAAGCAUACUUCCUUUGUACCAGUAUUAAUUUGAAGAGCAUGCAAGCAGAGAAUUUAAGCUAUGUUGUUCCUCCUACCUCUCGCUCAACGAAUUAUGUUGUCCUCAAAUUUUUCGAUUUCUCUUCAGAUAUUAGUGCACUUGGAAUAAGAGAGUAUAUCAGCUGCCGCUACAUGGUUGUAUUCCAAUAUGGAUCUGCUGUUCUAUUUAAUAUUGAGGAUCCUGAAGUUGAAAGGUACCUGGAAAUGGUAAGGAGGCAUACUUCUGGAUUGCUCUCCGAGAUGAGGAAAGAUGAUUAUGCCAUAAAAGAGAAACCACUUCUGGAUGAGGAUAUGCAGGGAGGCCUCGAUUACAUUGUCCUCAAAACUUUAGACACUGACAGUAUUCGCAUUAUUGGAAGUGUGCUUGGGCAAAGUAUUGCUUUGGACUAUUUUGUUUCACAGGUUGAUGGAAUGGUUGAAGAGUUUGCUGGCAUAAAUCGUGCAAUGGAGAAAACUGGAACUUUCUCAAUGGAUAGGAAAAAGCUCCUUCAACUUGUUGGGAAGGCUAAUUCAAAUCUAGCUGAUGUGAUUCUUAAAGUUGGUCUUUUUGAGAGAUCUGAAAUUGCUUGGAGGGAUGCAAAAUAUGCUCAAAUAUAUGAGUACCUCAGGGAGGAGUAUGAAGUUACUCAACGCUUUGGAAAUUUGGAUUUCAAAUUAAAAUUUGUAGAGCACAACAUUCAUUUCCUUCAAGAAGUUAUCCAAACCAGACGAUCUGAUCUUUUGGAAUGGUGCAUUAUACUCCUGCUGAGCAUAGAGAAUAUUAUAUCAAUAUAUGAGAUAGUUCAAGGAUGAAGUGCAGAUACAUCACUGAUUUGAUAGACCCUAGGCAUACAAGAAAAGUUCGGAUCACCAGAUGGAGUGACAAGUUAACAAUUCAAUCUUUUAUAGACAAGAUCAAUUCUUCAAUAUUUUUCUGUGAUCCAUGAUAUUAUUUUUGCAGUAUAGCAUGAGAAUUCCUGGUGUCCAUUUUGCACGAUCACUUUUACCAAUAGAAAAUUCCGAAGCCAAAGGCAACCUUUUCAACUGUUGGCAUGUCUCUGUGUUAACAGUUAUGUGCAUAACAUGUUUGAAUGCUUAGUGUUUCCCUUUCCAAGAUGAAAGGUCAAUACAGAAGCAGGUUCGUUGUAUCGAAAGUUCAGCAUUGUAUUUUUAUGAUUGCAGCAGGUGGCAAUGCUUCGCAUGGAACUUCAGACCACGAAUGGAGGCCGGUUGUGCAUGUAUAAGUCCACACCAACCGUCCUGAUAUCCUCAAAAGCAAAUGUCUGCCUUUUGCUAUGACAGCACUGCUUUUCUGCCAUGUUGAAACUGUUUCAUUUUUAUUUUUUUUGACACCAGCUCUGAGAAUGUAUUCAAUGAUGAAUUGUGGAAUAUCUGUUUUCUUUUUGUG